GCUUGUAAUCAUGUGCAUUCAUUUGGGAAAAAGGUGUUUGCUCUUUCCGUUCUUGAAAGAUUAGUUCUUGUCAUGAUAGCUGAUGGGGUCGAUAAGUGUAUGUCAAUUGCACUGAUUGUCAGGAUGGUUCAAAUCGGAUGAUAUCGGAUUUAAAAGACUUAGAAUUAAAACAGUCUGAUGUUCGACUGUUGAUUGUUAUAAUACGCACACGUGCACAUACUUCUGUCGAAAUUGUUUCAGUUUUUUAGAACAUCUCGCGGGAGGAGUAACAAUGAGGUGAUUACUGUGGCUCGGCCAGUUCUUCGAUAUAAAAGCCGCUUUCCUCUCAGCCAUCGAACCGCUUCAGUGUUAUAUGCGAGAACGUGCUAUCAUGGACUUGACUGUGGAAUUCAGUUUUGAACUAAAACGAUGAACACAAUUGAAUUUGCCGCUAGCUGUGUGCUGCUGUUAACAUUUCUACAGAUCAAAGGGAAAGCAGGAAAUCCUCGACUGUUCGAUUCCGUUGCUCAUUACUGGCCAUUUGAUCGUCAUCAUGGCAUUAUGGAUAUCAAAACCAACAUUACUGGAGACAAACAUGGCAAAAUCGAGAAUAUUCUCUACAAGGGACCUAGAGAUGGCUUUCUUCACACAAACGGUAAGGCCUGGGUCGACCUAGGAAACUUUACCGGCUCUUGUUUGGCCGAACCUGCAAGAUGCACAGAAGCACUGACGGUUUUCCUAUGGCUGAAAUAUUCCCCAAAUAAACGUCGGAGAUAUCUGUUGGGCACGUCGAGCCAUCUAGCUUUCUCAGAAGGGUUUACAAUAUAUAAAGAUUCCGACAUAAAAGCUAACAACUCUAUUGUGAUAAGAGUGAAUAACGGGCAAAGAGAAUGGACAGGAUCACUGACCCUUAAACCGGACAUUUGGUCGCACGUGAUGUUUACGUGGGAUAACAAAUUAGGACUUGCGUUAUUUCUGAACUGCAAUCAGAUGGCUCUAGUAUCGGACAGCAUGCUUAAAACGACCAGAAGAAGCAAUCGGUCAAAUAUUUUGGAACACUAUUUGAGUCUUUCCGGAGCACAGAUUGCAAAACCAGAGUUGGGCGUUGAGGCAUCGUACGACGAUCUGACAGUGUUCUAUCGCAAGUUGGAAUCUCAUGAGAGAAACUGGAUUUGCCCUAACAAGCUAGAGCCACCACAGCUAAACUCCACCUGUAAAGUUUCCAUGAGAUGGCUGUCAAUCAACUGGACUCCGCCCCCGAUGACGUAUGACAUACUGACCGGGUACAAUGUGUGGUACUGGGGCGAUCCCUUUUCCAAUUGGACAAAAUUGUCAUUAGGAAAUGAAAAAACGACAUUGAACCUCACUGAUCUAGAUCCGGGCUCGUCGUAUAAAUUUCGCGUUCAAAAUGCUUUCCGCUUCGGUGUUGGAAAAUCGAGUCAGAUGAUUGAAUGCAGAACAAAAACUGAAGUUUUAGACCCGCCACUCAACUUGACAGUGGAGAUGAAAUCAUUCAUCAGUGUCCUACUGAAAUGGAUUGCACCCCCAAGAAGUCAUGAAGAUGUCGCGGGAUACAAGAUUGAGUACAGCAUGGCCGAUUCUAACGAAAAGCCCAUAAUAAUCAAGGCAGGCCCGAUGACAUCAUUCCUUCUUGAAGGACUACAGAAUGAUACUACAUACAAAGUCCUUGUGACAAGUUAUGGCGAUAAACGGUUUUUUGACAGCGCUCCUGUGGUGACAACCGUUACGACGGAUGAUAAUGACAAGUCCACAGUCAAGGAAACGUCGCUACAAGUGACAGGACCCGAGACCUUACGAAUCAAAUGGAAAAAGCCUCGUGAAAAAUACAAGGUGUUUUCCUAUCGAGUGUUUGUUAAAUGGAACGAUACUGGGAUAGAGAACAUGCUUGAGGUGUAUGAUGGAAAUGCAACGUCUUGUGUUUAUUCUAUAAAGCGUUUUGCAGAAACAUUUCGUGUCAUGGCGUAUGUGGUGCGACAAAUUCCUCUCAUUCCGAUCGUUGACCCUCCGAUUAAUGUAACCAUGGUAUCCUUCGGCUGGUCUUUCGCUGUUCUAAACUGGACUUCACCGUUUCACAGCAGAGCUAUCGACUUCGCUGAUUUGUAUCGAGUGAUCGCCAGAUCAAGCGAAGGAGAAGUCACUAUCACAACCACUCAGACGCAUGCUCGCAUUGAUGGCCUGAAACAGCUGACCAACUAUUCACUGAAUGCGCAGGCUUGGAACGGACUUGGCUACGGUCCAUUUCUGGUCACUGGCAUUCCCUUCAGAACGCCAGAUCAUGACGAGUGCGCAGAUAAUUCUCAUAUGUGUCACGUGAAUGCAGUUUGUACCAAUACCGAAGGCUCAUACAAGUGUGAGUGCGAACUGGGAUACAUAGGAGAUGGGAGAAACUGCGAAGAAAUUCCGGAUGGACUGAGCGAUGAAGACUUUUGCCCUGAAGCAAAUUUCGCAGGCAUAGAAUGGAGGAAAACCUUGGUCAACCGCAAAGACGAGACGGCUUGCCCUGAAGAAACUGUCGGGGUGGCCUCGAGGCAAUGUACUGGAAGUCCCGCGGACUGGGAACUACCUGAUCUUGGCGAUUGCGUCUCAAAAUGGAUGUCAGACCUCAGCAAUCAGCUAAACAAUCCAAACGUCAGUGUAUCGUUAGUAGCCAAUCAGCUUGUAGGACUGACUGAUGUCAAGUCUGGCAAACCGUUAUAUCCUGGAGAUCUGAAAUUACUGGUCGAUGUUAUUGGCGUGUUAUCGCAAAGGGGGCUUGGAGCUAGUAAAAACGAAAGCUCGGACGCCUCGUCGACAUUUGUAAAGGCUGUUGUUGGCACUGCGAGCAAUAUUUUGGACAAGAAGAACUUGCAGUCGUGGAAAUACAUGCCAAAGGAUUCCCAGACAAAGAAAGCGAGUUCCCUUAUUGAUAGCCUUGAUGUGGUAGCUUUGGACAUGGCAAAUUCAUCGCAGAGUAAUUCAACCGAAAUGGAUAAUGUCGUGAUGAGUGUGAAGUCUCUGGAAAAUGUCAGAAGUGAAAAAGACCUCCUUAUCUCACAGCAAGAUGAACGUCGACAGACGCUGAUGAACGCAGUUUCUUUUCCAGCGUCUGUGUUGAGGGGAGAUUCUUCCACCGCUUCCAAACCUAAUUUUGCCACCCUUGUUUCAUACAAAACUCUUGGAUCUCUGCUGACUCCUAGAGGAGAGAAAAGGAAAGAGAAUGACCACCGGACCAUGGAACACCCAUCAAUAAAUUCAGCCAUCUUGUCCGUUAAUCUUCGUCCACUUACAAAGAAAAUAUUCAAGGAUCCCGUAGUUAUAACAUUGCGCCAUUCUGUGGACAGCGAAGGUAGAAAGAAUAAACCAUCAUGCGUGUUCUUGGAGACAGACAAAAAUAUAAGCUGGUCUGAGGCUGGAUGCGAAGUGAGUUCAACAAACACUACUCACACUGUUUGUCACUGCUAUCAUCUCACAAGCUUUGCUGUUUUAAUGAGCGUUAAACAGGACGUGUCUGCUUUAUCAGAGGAGCAUCAGCGGGCUUUAACUCUCAUCACCUAUGUCGGAGUGAGCAUAUCUGUUGUAGCUUUGUGCCUAGCCUUCCUCACAUUUUACUUCUUUAGGUUCUCCAAAUCUGCCCGUACUUUUAUCCAUAAGAACUUGUCACUGGCACUAAUCUUCGCCCAGCUGCUGUUUAUGUUUGGUGUCAACAAAACAUCGAACAAGUUGGUGUGUAAAGGAAUAGCCAUAGCCCUUCAUUAUUUCUUCCUGGUCGCGUUUGCGUGGAUGGCGCUUGAGGGAGUCAUGCUCUAUCUGAUGCUCGUGAAAGUUUUCCACACUAAAACUGCACCAACAAAAAGCAAGAAGAUUUUCUUUUGCCUCGGAUGGGGUAUACCUGUCCUAAUAGUUGUAGUUUCUGGAGUAUUGUUCCAUGAAGGAUACGGCACGUCUGCUUUUUGUUGGCUUUCUCUUGAGCGUGGCUUCAUCUGGUCGUUUGUUGGACCAGUUUUACUGGUGCUUGCGUUUAAUUUCAUCUGUCUAGGGAUCACAUUCAACGUCAUGGCUAAGUCAGGUCCAACUAGUAACAAGAAAAGAACAGGCAGAAUACGACGCUGGUCAAAAGCCUGUAUGCUGUUAACAUGUAUUCUUGGCCUUACUUGGCUGUUUGGUGUGUUCUAUAUCAAUCAAGAUUCGCUCUUUAUGGCGUACUGUUUCACCAUCUUUAAUACUCUCCAGGGUUUAUUUAUAUUUUUAUUUCACUGCAUUGGAGACGAGAAGGUUCGUCGCGAAUAUUCUCGAGUGUUAUGCUGUCGCGAGGAGGACAAGCGCUUCUUGCUAACGAAACCUUCGAACUCUGAAACCAGCAAAUCAGAAUCGAGAUCGAGAAGCCAUAUCGACAAUUUCAAGAACAAGAACCAAACAAUAAGUAGUUCAGUAGAUUCUAUAGGGACAAUAGAGAGCAAAAGAAACACGUUUGUGGUGCAUGUAUCAGAUGGUCAAGUGCGCGUGCGUGGAGUUGCUACAGAUGAGUACAACAGAAACCUAGUAAGAAAUCGCCUGCAAAGUGGAGAGAGUGUUUCUAGUUUUGAGCAGCCCCCAGGAGAGCAGCAUCGUGAUGGCAGCAGGCAUUCUACAGCAUCUGUAGCCAGUGAGGAAUCCGAAAAUGAGCAGAGCAAUGAAGUCAAUGAACAAGACACGCUAGCUGGAGAGAAUUAGAACUACACUGAUCUGUCUGUAUCUCUGCACACUGCUCAGGGCGUUCGCUUAUCACGCGUGAGCCGCGCGUGGGACCCCGUGGUAGUCGCGCGCUUUAGUGUGGUUUGAUGAGAUGCACAUACACGCACUGGCAAUUAUCAGUCGCUUGGUGCAGACACUCUCAAAUACAAGAUAUAAAUUUUGUUAAAACAGAUAGGACUUUCUCCAUGCAAUAUAAAAGCUGCGAAGCAAACGGACAUGGUUUAACCGAAUCUGAUUUGCUAAGGUGCACACCCGGAGAUAACCUUUCUUUACCUGAAUUCUAAAAUCGCGAGUGACUUGUACAGAAUGCAAAUUUCAGUUACAAUCAAAAUAGAGACCAGCAUUAAAAGUAAAUAUUGAAGACUAAGUUAACGGAUAUGUUAAGUACAGUUAGACCGACUAAUUCGAACUCGAUUAUUUUGAAUUCCCCAUUAUUUCGAAAUCAAAACGCUUUCCUUUGAAUUAACCUGCGAACAAGUGUUCUUUUAGGUUCGAUUUCCGCCGCUCUCUCUUGUCUGGUCUACGUUGCUUCUUUCUCGAACAGCGGCUGGUAAUCGAGCCUAAUGUUCUUUUUCGAACUAUGUUUCGUCAGCCCCGAGAGUUCAAAACAGCGGGAUUCAACUGUUAUUGGUUUGGUAAGUUAGAAAAACAAAAAUGGAGAGUUGUGAAGGAUUGGGGAACUACUAACGUUUUAAGAUGCACCGUUCGUUAGAUUUGAUACGUUAUAUAAUGCUCAGUGAGACAUAUGCAAAAAUGAAAUCCCCAAUCGCUACUGCAGUGCAAUAUCUAAAAUAUCCACCAAGCUGUACGUAUAAGUAUAACAAAAUAAGUUUCUUGGUAAUAUUAAAAACAAAAUAACAUGCGCUGCUGUUUAUACCAAACUGUGGCUAAAGAUUGACUUAAUUUAGUAGCAAAAUAAAUCGUAAACGAACUCA